GAUGGGAAUGGAGAAAUCGAUUUCGAAGAGCUCUGCUACCUUGAGAUUGUCAUGUCUGGUGCACGGCCUCAGGCACACCUGAUCGACUACAAGACGUUCCUGCCAGAAAAGACCACCAAGCAGUUGGAGGAGUGGUUCUCGUUGAACGACAUGGAUGACUCGGGGGCAAUCUCCAUUGAUGAUGCCCUGAAAAUUGCGGAGCAGCAGGACGUCAAGGUUUCAAUGGAUGAUGUCACGGCCCUCCUGUCGGAGGUGAAAUCUGCAGCCGACGGCUGGUUGAACUUGCCUUCCUUCUGCGCGCUCUGGACAUGCAUGACAAACGCCCAGAAGAUCAUCAACUAUCGCGAGUAUCUUGAAGCGGAGGAGGUCGCUGCCUACAGGGCCAUGUUCCAGGAAGCUUGCGAGGGCGGCAAGGAGGAGUUGAACCGGAAGCAGGUCUCUGAUGUUUUGCGGAAUACUGGCCUGGUCCGGGUACGCCGUCACCUUACACGGAUCUGGGAGGAGAUGGCCAUCGACAAGAAAACGAUGUUGGACUUCGCACAGUUUUGCGUCGUGAUCGUCCGGCUCAUGAAGCGACGGAAGUAUCGCGAAGUGAAUCCACAGACUUGCACUUGUGCGAGACUCUACGAAGAAGGGUUCACCGUGAAGGAGCUCCUGAUGUCGGGAUUCAAAUUGAAAGACUUCGAAGCCAUCAGGAUACCAGCCAGAAAGCUCUACCAGGAUGGGGGGUUUUCGGCGCUGGAGCUCCGUCGUGUAGGCUACACGGCUACGGACCUUCGACGCGCUGGAUUAGGUAUCGUUGAGCUGAGGAGCUCCGGCUUCUCCCUCUCAGAGCUUCGCACGGCAGGAUUCUCUGCAGCGGGGCUUGCCGAAGCAAACCGCUCCAUGCACGGCUGCUUCAGCAUGGGCGAUUUCACCCUCUUGCCACAGAUCGGGCUCAAGACCAGCAACAUCAGCGCCGCCAAACUGACCUGGGGAGGCGUCUUCAGCAACAAGGACCCUAAAACCUUCCAGCGUGUGACCAUGACGCCGCUCAUUCGGGAGCACACCGACGGCCGCCAUACGCUGGGACUCUCGCUCGUUACAUUGGCUUUAGGGAUUUCUAGGGAAUAG